GUUGUCCAGUUAAUGAACAUUCGGCUGCAGGAGUGUGGGAAAAAAUAGACACCAUCUGAUAUGCCAUCUCUUACAAUGACAGAGAUCGAGGACUGUCAAAGGCGCUUUCAGGCGGCUGUCGACGUCAUUCAAAGCCUACCCAAAAAUGGUUCCUACAGACCCUCUUAUGAAGUUAUGCUGAGGUUUUAUGGUCUAUACAAACAGGCAGUCUGUGGCCAAUGUACAGCGUCACGCCCAGGAUUCUGGGACCCUGUAGGCCGUUACAAAUGGGAUGCUUGGAAUCAGCUUGGAGACAUGAGUCGGGAGAGUGCCAUGGCUGCUUAUGUGGAUGAAAUGAAGAAAGUUGCACAAGAGGUUAUAGACACCAUGCAAAUCAAUGAGAAGACUGCAUCUUUUUUCCAUUAUUUUGAACCUCUCUAUCAUGUCAUUCAUGAUAUGCCCAGACCUCCAGAGCCACUUUUAUCUCUCAGAUCAGAUGUAAAUGCCAGAGAACCAACUUAUGGUUGGGCUGAUCAUGAAGUGGAGAGGGCAACUCGAGAACCAGCUCUUCAACAGGAGGACACAGGGAUGGUUCCUGAAAGUGAACUUCAAUCUGAUAGUUCAGAGGCACAUGUGUCUGAGGUUCAGAGGCUGGCCAGUGACUCAGAGAGUGAAAUCUUCUGUGACUCGUUGGAACAGCUGGACACUGAUAAGCUUGCUGCAAUGCCAGAUGGUAAUGCCAGUUCCCAGAAUGGGCAUUCACUCAUUGAGACCUCUGGAAUCCAAGUGCGUCAUUACAGCCCUCUCUCUCAGGUGAUUCAGAUCGGUGCUGGACAUGGUGGUGAGGGGGCAGAAGAUAGGCAUGGUCCUCCCAUUAGGAGGAGAACCACAGGGAGUGAGGGGAUGCAGCAGGGCUGGAGGAAUCCCUCAGGUUAUAUGGCUAGGUGGGCAGGGCGGCUUGCCUCAGGUGCCGGUUCAGGACCAGGGGGCAGAGACAAUUCUGAGGGUGGUCCUGACAGGCUACAGAAUAGCCGGGUGCAGCAGCAGAUUAUUCUAGCCUUAAGGCAACUCAGAGAGGACAUGCAGAGCGUCAUGGAACGACUAGAGGUGGUUGAAUGUCUUGCAACUGCAAAUGUACAUGCUCAAAGUUCACAGCGGAGAUCCCAUUUACAACUGACAGCUGCAGAGACUGAGGAGAAAUGGUGGCCAUUUGACAUCUCUAGACGUACAUUGCUGCUGUUGUUAGUGUGGCCUUUUGUGACUCAGGCACUGAUGUUUCUGCUGAGAUGGAGGAAGAGAAAGAUUAAUAUGUGCUUAUGAAUUUACUGUACUGAGUUCAAAUGAAAGUAAACGUCACAGUGAUAACUAAUUAAUUGUGACCUAGCGUUUUGUGCUUUAAGUGUAGCACUUUGUUAGCAUGAUGUGAAGAGAGUAAAUGUUCUAAUCUCAUAUCUUAUAAAUCUGAUUAUUUAAUCUUGUAUGAACAAGAUGAAUGCAGUUCUCAGAGACAUCCUGGAGUUAAUUAUUUAAUUUAAUGUUCAUGAUGCAUUCCACGUAAUUCUGGUUAAAUGUAGCUGUGUGCAGAGACUUUGUCAAUAAUGUAUAAUAUACAUACCAUCAUAUUUUGAAAAUAAGUCAUGUUUAUUAGAAUAUCUGUGCUGAUGGUUGAAACCUUGAUUUGGCUGACCUUGUAAAUGGCAUCUGCACUACAAAUAAAGGAUUACAGUCCUGCUGAUCUUA